AUGGCGGAUAUCAGCGCAGAGUUGACAUCCGAACUGACAAGGAUUAUCGAGUGUCUGUACCCCCCUUCGCUAUCCAACCUAUCUGAUCUUCUGGCUCGCGCAGACGUACCGACUAUCCGAUCAUGCGUCCAAGACCGGUCACCUUGUGCGGUGAACAGGCUGGCCAGAAUCGUCUUCGAUGCACUGCCUCUGAGUGCUUACACGUUGCAUGUGCUGCAUCUUUUGUGUCAUGCGCCAGAAUUUCGAGAUGAGCUACUGGUCCUGAAACCAACACUACUUCAUUCUCUGCUGAAGAAGGCAAACUCAUCCAAGUCCGACUUCGAGCAGCACGCCGAGCUAUGUGUGCUCCUGCUCUCUCGUCCACUGCCUGAGGCGAUACCUUUGCCUGCUGUAGCACAGACCUUCUUCCUUAAUGUUUUCGAAAACGCUACACAGCAACCCAACUACGAUACACUGAGAUCAGUGUAUCGCAUGCUCAAUGGAGCAUGUCGUCGACUCUACAGUCUUCUUCCGAGGGACUUGAAGCAGCGGUUUGACACAGAGUUGUGCAAUAUACUCAGAUCGAAGAGAGUUAUACAGUCCUCUAUGCUUUUCCUAUGGGCAGAAGGUAUAGUGCUCAUCACAGAGCAUCCUGAAGGAGUUGAGGGUCUGCAAGGUCUGCCUACUGAUGAGGAGCCGACAUCUACGGAAAGGCUGAGACAACAUUGGGCAACACCUUCAGGCCAAAAGUUGUUUGGUUCAACGAAAGACUCAUACAAGACCAUUGAGCUGACCUGUUUGAACGUGGUGUGGGUUCUUCGAGGAGGGAUGAAGGAUGAAGAGGCAGUCGAAGGCAUUCGCAUUGCAUCUAGAGCUUUACAGUUCAUUGGCCAAGACGUAAAGAAUAACUGGCCCCGGUCUAGCAAUUCGGCAGUCACCCUGUACAGCAAGUGUUUUUCCAAAGUACAAAACUCCGGCGCGAGUGUACCUGUUCAGCUGGAGGCUCUGUCGUUCCUUGGCGUACUCUCGAAUCCCCAGAGCUUACCGCAAGACAUCGUCGCACGCUACGAGACGUGUAUAUUGGAGGCUCCUCGUGUAGCAGAGCCCGAAAGCUUUGUCGAGCUUCUUGCAGUCUCGCUGCCGGUCUAUGCAGUGCAGAUCAAAGAGGGCACCAUAGUAGCACUCGUAUCAGGCAUUUUAGAAGCGUGUGCUUCGCAGCCAGGCUCCCAUGAGGCAUCUAAUCUUAUUGAUACUAUCGAUGAGCUGGCCACUGCUACGAUGACAUCUGGCAUCUUACGAACUACUGUGCUGCGUGCACUGUCAUCGAAGACCUUGCAAGAGAAACUUGCGAACCUAGCUCAUCCUGUUGUAACAAAAGAAGGCACCGGCUGCUGUACACAUUCAGCAUCAGUCCGUAGGCGAUUAGUCGCUGCCACGAUUGCUUCGUUACUCACCAUCACUCUCACGGCGCAACCGGGAGAGUCAACGAUACCGCAUACCCUCAUCACUGCUCUUAUCAAGAAACAGCGAAACCUUCCUUCAGUAUCGAAUGCUUGCUUGCACUCGGCAGAGAGUUUGAACCAACCUUCAAUUUCUCUCUUCCAAGAAGCAAGCACGCAAUACACGGGCGAGCACCUAGAGGAUUGGAGGAAGCGACUCGAUUCGGAGCUAGAAAGCCAAAGCAAAUAUCAGCGAGAUGCCGUCAUGCGCUCCAUGGCACAGAUAUGCAGUGAUCUCGAGGCACGUUGCAACACAGUCGAAGAGCCGCUACGGCUGGAGAAGGAGAAGUCCAUCAAACUUCAAGAAAAAACUGUUCAUCUCGAAGAGCAAAUCGAGUCAUUACACCAAGAAAGACAGGACUAUAUCGAUCAUAUAGAUGGCCUGGACAAGGAACUGCAAGAUAUGAAGGAUGACCAACAGCAUUUAGAGCAACAGAAGUCCGAGUUAGCGAAGGAGAAGGAGCAAACAUAUUCCAGAUUACAAGAAGUAGAGAUCUCUCUGGAGGCGUCAGAGCGGAAUGCAACUGAGGCUUUGAAUGCCGCUCACGAAAGAUUGAGCACAGUGGAGUCAGAGCUUCGCUCAACGAUGCUCCAGUACGAAAAGGCCAUCGGCGCUCGCGAUGAGAAGAUUCACGAGCUGAGCCUCACUAUAGAGCAGCUCAGGGAAUCUCAGGUGCAGCACAAGAAAGACUAUGAAGACCUCACAACUCAGUGCGAGCAGUACCAGAAUCAUAGCCACGAAGUUGAGGGUUUGCUUGAACAGGAGCGUGCAAAUGCUUCUCGCCAAUCGGAAAACAUUGUACGGCUUGAAGCGCAAGUAACAGAGCACCAGCAUCACUUAGAAGAGAAAGAAGCAGAGCUUGAGGAUGCACUCCGACAGUUACACGUCUUGCGGACGAGUUACCAUGAGCUCGAAGAAACGUCGGCAGAAACGAUGAGAGAGCUUGUAGCAAAGCAUGCCAAUGAUCUGGGAGCUGCCACAUCGAAAGCUGAAAUCGAACGCAAAGAGCUAGAAGCUCAGCUACACAAUGCUCAAGGCAGCGUUGAACAGGAAAGAUAUGAUCACGAGAAGACACGUAGCGAUGUUCAGCAUCUUCAAGCCUUGAUACCACCAUUAGAGAUAAGGAUUCAAGAGCUUGAUGAGUUCUGCAAAGAGCAGGAAGAGGAACUUGAAGAAUUUAGAACCGCUCGGAAGAUGAUGGCCAUGCAUUUGUUGCCCGCUCGACCCGCUUCUCGAACUUACAAGGAGAUUGUUCAGCCCCAAAACACACGAGAGCCGCGAACUCACAGACGACGCAAGUCGGCUAUCAACACUCAAGAGGACAUGCCGAAGGCUAGGUCAAAUGCUCAGGGACUAUCUGAUAAAGCCAUGGAAAAUGUUGAAAAUGCAUCUUUCCCGUCAUCGGCCGACUCGAACUCCUCCCAAGGCGGUGGGCCGACACCAAAGCGUGCCAAGCCGAGGCCAGCGUUCAAAGUGCCAACGAUGCAAACGCCCUACACUCAGAAGCCCGAUAUGAUCUCCAAGCCAGUCUCGCACCCACACAAAUCAUCAUCAAGUAAGCGGGCCCUGAGGCCAGUGUCGCCGAACCGCCGCCACACAGCCGCUGGGUUCACGUUGCCAGAUGGCGAGGGAGAAGACCCUGCUAGUGAGUUUGGGUCAGUCAGGAAGCCCAGAGGUAGCCUUCAGCCUCUUGAACAGACAGAUUUCGACAUCGACGACGAGUUUACAACAGGCACACCACUUACUCCAGGCUUUAUGUCAGGGACUGGGCGCAUGCCGGUGGAAGACGAUGAGACUAUGACCGAACUUUCUAAUGGCCAGUACAACCAGAACAGGCCAACUCUCAAGCCCGCUUUAGCCUCUCAAUCUACCCAGGCACUUCAUACUCGCAUGAAAACUCCUGAACAGUUAAUCAAUUCUCCAGCCCGCGUGGACUCACCCGUUACGCCAGCUAAACAGCUCUCCUCCUUUAACUUGAACGGCCACAGCAUCAACGAGACCUACGUCGCGAGAUCACCAAUUACCAGCCCACCAAGACAUUUUACUCAAGCAUCACCUCAAUAUGGAGGCAAUCGCCCACGCUACAACUCAGUUGAUCAGCGCAAUUCACACCGACCAACCUUGAGUGGUAGAGCCCAGAACUGGGCCCAUCUUCAGGAAGAAAAGAUCAGGCUGUCAGGCAUACCCAAGCAAUAUUGGAUAAAAGACGUGUACCACGCAAUGUCGUCGUUCGGCACAGUCUUCAGGGUCGACAUGGUCCCUGGCAUGCGAGACAAUACCGCUUAUGUCGUCUUCCGGCCUCCUCCCCUCAAAGACAUACCGCAUCGAAACAUACAUGUCGGUGUCGCUCUCCUAGGAUCUGAGAUACUCUCUCCAGAAGUCAAGACCGUUCCGAGCCCUGCCAACCCUGCAAAGACCUACUACGAGUUCAAUGUUAUGCCAGUGCAAGGGAUCGAUUUCGGUAUCACGGUGGCAGACAAGAGCAUGAUCGUUAUGCGUACCCUGCGUUCGCCAGAUGGUGUCCGCAUGAUGUUGAACCUCGUUCGUAAAGAGCUCGACAUCCAGUUUUCCAUCAACAUGGAUAACGAGAUGCGUAAAUUUCGCUUUCUUUUACCAAUUGCUCUGCUCUCGCGUAUCUAUAAGGUCACCGACAGUGCCACUGACCAGCCAACUCUGAUAAUUCCAUUCGAAUCUCCACCGCAAUUCUACAUGCAGAGGAAAGAAGGUGAAUAUCUUGAGGAUGGAACGCAGCAUACCAGCUUUUCCAGAGAAAGGUUCUGGAAUGACUGGAAUACUUGGUUCCGAGCGACUGAUAUAAUCAACAACACGAUCAGGAAGAAACUCCAGGCUUCACCGUUGAUGAAUCACAAGAACACCGCUGUCAUUGAUAUUGGCCGAUGGACCAGUUUUCGCUUGACCUUUGAUGCAACGGUGAUGACUGGGCCCAAGUUCAAGGACUUCAGUGAUGCACUCGCCGACCACGGAGUGCUGAUUGAGGAUCUUGGCGAGUACACAGUCAAAGAACAUGCUGCGUCGCCUCUAUGGUCAUUGCUACAGGAAGAGAUAUCCGGCACCCACCCGCAUCUCGAACCGAUGCCCACUUCGAAGGGAUCAGUUUUCGACGACCUCUUCGCUGGUCAAGUUCACCUAAGCUUUCCAGUCCGGUACCAGCUCGAGGCUUGCCUGUCGAACGGCUAUUUGAAAGAACUUAGCAUCACGAGCGACUUUUUAGAGAAGCUUGUGGCAAUGGAUCCUCACCGUGCCGUCUAUAUACUUGAGAAAGUUGUUGAAAAACAGCAUAUCUACUAUGACCCGGUGGAAAUAUUCAGCAUCCGGGUUAAGGGCCUUGUAAAGAAGGUUCCUAGUUACUGCGUCCUCCAGCGAUCGGUCACAAUCACUCCGACCAUGAUGCACAUCGCAUCGCCUAUUAUGGAAACCUCAAAUCGCAUCAUCCGCAAGCAUGCUGCGGACAGCGAUCGGUUCAUCCGAGUAAAAUUCUCUGAUGAGAAGACAGAAGGUCAGCUGCGCAACAUGCCUAACGGAAGGGCCGAGGCUACGUUUGACAGGGUACGUCGUGCCAUGAACCACGGCAUCGUCGUCGCGGGAAGGUACUAUGAGUUCCUAGCAUUUGGCAACUCACAAUUUCGCGAACAUGGCGCAUACUUUUACGCUCCUACUUCAUCUAAAUCCGCCGAUGACAUUCGCGUCUCACUAGGGGACUUCAGUCAUAUCAAGACUGUGGCCAAAUUCGGUGCUCGUCUCGGUCAAUGCUUCUCAACCACUCGCGCGAUGCGGGAUAACGUCAGGGUUAUAGCUAUCCCUGAUAUCAUACGCAGCGAUUAUACUUUCACGGACGGCGUCGGCAAGAUAUCGCUUUUCUUAGCCCAGAUGGCCGCCCAAGAGCUUGGAUUGGCCCAUGCAUUUGAUGAUCCACCAUCUCUAUUCCAGUUUCGUCUUGGUGGUUGCAAAGGAGUACUUGCGCUCGAUCCCAAGAUUACUGGCCCCGAGGUUCACAUCAGACCAAGCCAACUGAAGUUUGUGGCACCCCACAACGGUCUCGAGAUCAUCCGGUCGUCGUCCCUUGCCACCCCAUUCUUCAACCGUCAGAUCAUUGUUGUCUUGUCAUACCUUGGUGUUCCCGAUUCCAUUGUUAUCAGGAAGCAGCAAGAGAUGAUCAAUGACUACGAAAACGCCAUGACAGAUGAGGGGGUUGCCUUGCAGAAGCUCCGAAAGCACAUCGACAUGAACCAGACUACUCUAACGAUGGCAGGCAUGGUUCUAGGUGGAUUUAUGAAAGCUAAAGAUCCCUUUCUCAUGUCCCUUCUCAAGGUCUGGAGGGCUUGUACUAUCAAAAACCUUAAAGAGAAGGCUCGUAUCGCCAUCGAAGAUGGUGCUUUCGUACUCGGUUGUGUUGAUGAGACAGCGACGCUCCAAGGCCACUUAAACGAUCCGCAGUCUCGACCUAACGCUACGAAGCAUGAGAAACUAGCGACACUACCGGAGAUCUUCUUGCAAGUCGAUGACACAAGCAAGAAGGGUCACUACAAGAUUAUUGAGGGCGUGUGUAUCUUGGCACGAAAUCCAUCACUACAUCCAGGAGAUCUCCGGGUGGUUCGCGCCGUGGACGUACCAGGACUCCAUCACCUCAAGAAUGUUGUUGUGUUGCCUCAGACCGGGGAUCGGGAUCUCGCCAAUAUGUGCUCAGGUGGUGACCUUGACGGAGACGAUUACAUGGUACUAUGGGACGCUGAUCUGAUACCCGGCAUGGUCAACGUACCACCUAUGAAUUUCGCAGCUGAGAAGCCCAUCGAAACUGAAGACCCAAUCACGGCUUCGCAUAUUGCUGACUUCUUCGUUACCUACAUGAAGAACGACUCUCUUGGUCAGAUAGCACACGCACAUCUAGCACAAGCCGACCUCCAAGCCGACGGUGUGAACGAUGAGAAGUGCCUUUCCUUAGCUGAACUCCAUUCCAAGGCGGUCGAUUUUCCAAAGAGCGGUUUGCCAGCUGAGAUGACCCGUGAGCUGAGGCCAAUGAAGUGGCCGCAUUUCAUGGGCAAGAAGCAUUUUCCUGAACACCGGAUCUAUCACUCAGAGAAGGUACUGGGAAUGCUUUACGAUCAAGUACAGUUGGUGGACUUCAAGCCGCAGUGGGAGAAUCCGUUCGACAAGCGCAUCUUAGGAGCCUUCGAAUUCGAACUCGAAGAUGAUUUGUUGACCAAAGCUAAGGAAGUCAAGGUCUCAUACGACGAAUCAUUGCGACGUUUGAUGGCCAAGCAUGGCAUUCGAACCGAAUUUGAAGCCUGGUCGGUCUUCGUCAUUUUACACAAUCAUGAAAGCCGUGACUACAAAUUCGCAGAAGAAUUUGGUAGGACUAUUGGGGCAUUAAAGUCGCAAUACCGAGAAGAGUGUCGAUUUGCUGCAGGACUAGCUGUUGAAGGCGUAGCAGACGGGAGCCGCCUAGGGAAAUUUGUUGCCGCGAUGUAUACGGUUACCGCUAAAGAGAUGGAAGUGGCACUAUCCGAGUGUCAUACGAAGACGAAGACUGUCGGUGGUCAACAAGUUCCAGUGCGACCCAUGGAGCCCGAACACAUGCCAUUGAUCUCCUUCCCCUGGCUCUUCCCUAGUGAAUUGGGCAAGAUUGCAACUGGAGCCACCGUCACACGGCAGCUAGACUCUUUAUGUAUCCAACAAGGCAUUCCGAAUCGACAAAAGAAGCAUGCUGAAUCAGCCAUGGCUGCAGAAAUCGAGGUAGGAGCCGUCGAAACCGAAGCAGGCGUUACGCAUUACGGAGAGCUGUUGGAUUUGGACUUCAGUUUAAUAGCAGAAACUGAGACGGACUGA